UAUCUCAUCAUGCCGCCUUUCACCUCCUCCCAGUUCUCAGCCCACGCGCCCCCUCUGCUGCUGUUCCCUCAUUCACCCCGCGCAGCCAUGACCGAAUCCACCUCUCCCGUGACAGAAAAGCUCAAGAGCGCAGUUUCUGAAGCGCAGGACCUCGCGUCCGCGCAACUGAGUUCGCUCAGGGCGAGUUCCGGCGCGACCGUGACCGCGACCGAGCGCGCGAUCUGGACCGAGCAGCAGGCUGCUGCCCACGCGGUCAGCCUGCACACUUUUGUCGAGGUCGACAGCGAGCUUACGGAGCGCGACAGACGCGAUUUGGCAAGUGGGUUGCGGCAUGUUAAUACCGGGUCGCUCAUGUCGGGAUCAGUUAUGGGUCUCUAUAUGUUUUCUGCAACCUUGCGACGCGGUCUUUUUGCGUUUCGUCUCGUACGCUUUCUAGGUAAAUCAGCCUGCGGCCUCACAGGCUUCUACCUCGGCACCCAAGUCGGCAUGCAAAUCGGCACCGACGUCGUCUCCUACCGCUUCGGCUCCUCCCGCCCUGCCUGCCACGACGCAGUGACUCUUGUCCGCAAGCGUCCGCACAUCUCAAAGUGGAAGCGGUACUAUGAGGGUGAUCGGGAUCUGAUGGUCGAUCUGGUGUAUCCCCCGCCGUUGGACGAUCUCGCGGUCGAUCGGUCUAGUGCUGGGAUCUUGCUCGACCGUCGCAGAUCACCUGUUUCCCGCCCUUCCGUUUCUGCUACUGCUGCUGCUGAGUCUUUUGUAUCUAACACAGACAUGGUAUCCACCGCCGAGCGCGACUCCCACGACGCCAAAAUCGCCUCGGGUAUAGCAGAGUACUACUCCCGUCUCUCCAAACGCCGCGAAUCCAACCAAGCUCGCACGCGCGACCUCAAGUCCCUCUACACAAGCUCGCUAGCCUCGCUCAGUAGCCUUGAGUCAGAGUCAAAGUCUGCCGGUGCAUCGCUUGUGCAGCAAUUACUUGCCGUCAGCGAUAAGAUUUCCGCGCGAUUCUUGAAUAGUUAUGCGGUGUAUCUGUCCAAUGACUACCGGCGCCCUUUUUGGUGAACAAUCUAGCCAAUAUUUACGAUCAAUCCUCUAAAUCUUUAACCCUCUUUUAUUUUUAUUUUUUUUUUAUGGAUUUUUUCAGCGUCUUGUUUAUGGAGUUUCUAGGUCGGCGGACCAAGCACGGAUGGGAAGGGCAUAUUACGGUUGGUGGGACAGGGCUUCGAAUAGGCUGGAGCGGCGCUUAGGUUUUUUGCUGUUCACUCUCAAUUUAUAUCUCGUUAUUUACUACACUUAGUUUUUCUUACAACCAGCUUUUGUUUGUUUUUUACAGCUAUUUAUGCGAGGAAAUAUAGUAGUGAUUUGUUUAUUCAGGUGGUCGCUCUCAAUUUUCGUAGCGAAAUCAAGUGAAGUAUGGAAA